CCUUUACGUUGGGCCGUCUUGGCCUAUGCAUUGUUAGCGCGUUUUUGUGUCACGUGACUUGAAAAAAAAUCCAACAUGGCUGACCAACAAUAUGCUGCACAGUAUCAAACAGGAGCACAGGGAGGGUAUAGUUAUGGAGGAGCCUAUGGUUCAACACAAGACAGCUCUGCAUAUGGCCAGCAAGGAGCUGCAUCAUAUGGUACACAACAGGCUGCAGCUGGUCAGCAGUCUGCAGGAGGCUAUGGCGGGCAGGCAGUAGCAAGCUAUGGUUCAUACGACCAGUCAUAUCAGACCCAGGGACAGACAGGACAGACCUCGCAGGCUGCAUAUGGACAGCAGACAGGUCAAGCUGGUGGCCAAUCUUACGGCUCUUAUGGUUCAUAUGAUCAAAGUGGGUACGGCCAACAGGCAUCAGGGCAACAGGGGUAUGGCCAGCAGCAAUCUCAAGCUGGUAAUGGGCAACAGAGCUAUGGUCAGCAAGGGUAUCAGCAGCAGUCAGGUGGCUAUGGUGCACAGUCAGGUGCGGGGCCCCAAUCCAGCGGUUACGGGGCUCAGACAGGCGGCUAUGGGGCCCAGACAGGGGGCUAUGAUCAGCAGCGUGGUGGCUCCACUGGAGGAUAUGGGGGCCAGGCAGCAGGAGGGGGCAGUAGCUAUGGCAGCCAGGGAGGCAGUGGUGGCGGUGGCAGCUAUGGUAGUGGAGGAGGAGGUGGUGGUGGCUAUGGAGGUAGAGGUAGCAGUGGUGGUCGGGACAGUAGCCGUGACAGUGGAAGGGACAGUGGUGGUAGAGGGGGCGGUGGUGGCGGAGGUGGAUUUGGCGGUGGUGGUAGAGGAGGAUUCAACAAAUUCGGUGGUGGGGGUGGUGGAGGCGGCAACUGGGGCGGAGAUAAGGAGCUCCAGGAGACCCCGGACACAAUCUUCAUCAGUGGGCUGCGGGACACAAUCUGUGAGGAUGAUCUCAUGGCCCACUUUGGCAGCAUUGGAAUUAUCAAGAUGGACAAGCGUACAAACAAACCAAAGAUCUGGAUCUACAAAGACAAGAACAGUGGGUUACCUAAAGGGGAGGCUACUGUCACUUAUGAUGAUCCAGAGACGGCAAAGGCUGCAAUCAGCUGGUUCAGUGAUAAAGAUUUCCAAGGAAACAACAUCAAAGUGCAGAUAGCACAGCGUAAAGUGAACAACCAGUUUGGUGGUGGUCGAGGCGGUGGUCGUGGUGGUGGAAGGGGAGGCUUUGACAGGGGCGGCAGGGGUGGAGGUGGCUUCGGUGGCGACCGUGGGGGUGGAGGAAGAGGAGGUGGUCGUGAAGGUGGCGGUGCGUCUAGACAAGGUGACUGGAUGUGCCCCGCAGACGGUUGCGGUAACAACAACUUUGGCUGGAGAAAUGAAUGCAAUCUUUGCCACACAUCUAAACCAGACAGUGAAGGUGGUGAUGAUGGAAGUGAUGGUGGUGGUUAUGGCGGCCGUGGUAGAGGUCGAGGAGGGGGUGACCGUGGUGGGUUUGGUGGCCGUGGAGGCAGAGGGGGCGGCGGAUAUGGAGGCGACAGAGACAGAGAUGGAGGAGGUCGUGGUGGUUUUGGUGGUGGCAGAGGGGGAGACAGAGGUGGUCGUGGGGGCGGUGAUCGAGGACGUGGCCGUGAUGAUAGAAGAUCAAGACCAUACUAGAUGUUCGGCCAGUCUGCACAGCCAUACGGUGUUGCAGUCUGCAGUUGUCCUCUUGAGCCUUUUGUUCUUAUACUAGUUCCAUGUUUUGAUUUAUUGUAUUAAGUGCAACAGCAAAUGGAUUUUGAAAUCAAAAGAAACGGAUAGACCUGAUGCAAUAAUGUUUAAGUUAAUAUUAUGAACAUUUUAAUUUCCAUGUUACAAUUCCUUGAACUCAUUAAAGUUGCUGUUUUUGAGCUUAUUGUAUGAGGUAGCAUUCCAAAUGCCUAUAAACAUUUAUGUAUGUUUUUGUUUAAAACUGGACUUUCCCACUUUGAGACUUGCAAUUGUUUGGCAUGUCCCGGGAGCUCUUGAGUUAUGAUACUGUGUAGCAUAUGUCAGUUUUUAACAUUAUUUUAUCUCAUACAAUAUCUCAUUUGGUCCAUUAUCAUGUCAUCAGUUUUAUCAUUUGAUUGAUUAGUGCAACAAAAACUAUAUCAUCUCAAAAUGUUAUUAUUGUCGUCUUUGUCAAAAUAAAGCGUGUAACUUA